AUGGGAUAUACAUUUUUGAAGGUAGCCUCGACUUCCGUCAGGUAUGGAGGUUUGAGGAUAGCAACUAGACAAUAUUCAACAACUCACGAUGCUGAUCUUGUGGUUAUUGGUUCAGGCCCUGGAGGCUAUGUGGCUGCCAUUAAAGCUGCUCAACUUGGCUUAAAGACUGUAUGCGUUGAAAAGGACCCUACACUUGGUGGGACAUGUUUAAAUGUCGGGUGUAUUCCCUCUAAGGCAUUGCUCCACAAUACCCAUUUGUACCACAUGGCUAAACAUGACUUCAAAAACAGAGGUAUUGAAACUGGUAAUGUUUCUUUUAACUUCGACAAAUUAAUGGAAUACAAACGGAAUGCUGUAAAAGCCCUCACUGGGGGCAUAGCGAUGCUUUUCACCAAAAAUAAGGUCAAAGUAUGUCGUGGUGUGGGAACAAUAAUUAACCCUAAGAAGGUUGAGGUCAAAGGUGAAAAAGGUGUAGAAACUGUCAAUACCAAGAACAUCUUAAUUGCUACUGGAUCUGAGGUCACUCCAUUCCCAGGAGUUACGUUUGAUGAAAAACAAAUCAUCACAUCAACCGGAGCUCUUUCACUACCGCAAGUGCCCAAAAAGAUGUUGGUUAUUGGUGCAGGUGUAAUUGGUUUAGAACUUGGAUCUGUCUACCAAAGACUGGGCGCUGAUGUUACAGCAGUUGAGUUUUUAGACACUAUCGGUGGUGUCGGCAUUGACCUCGAAGUUUCAAAGACUCUGCAAAAGAUCAUGGUAAAGCAAGGAAUGAAGUUCAAACUCGGUACCAAAGUAACAUCGGUUAAAAAAGAAGGAUCAGGAGUGAAAGUUGAAAUUGAGCCAGCCAAAGGUGGCGCCAAGGAGACCUUGGACUGUGAUGUUGUCCUUAUUUCGAUUGGUCGGCGUCCUUACACCAAAGACCUGGGUCUAAAGAACGUUGGUAUUGAACUCGACGACCGUGGCCGUGUCCCGGUUAACAAUAAAUUUGCGACCAAAGUUCCUGGAAUCUAUGCCAUUGGUGAUUGUAUCCAUGGACCGAUGUUGGCUCACAAGGCUGAAGAUGAAGGUAUUGUCUGCGUAGAAGGAAUUAAGGGCAUGCCAGUACAUUUCAACUAUGAUGCAAUUCCAUCUGUAAUCUAUACCACACCUGAAGUUGGUUGGGUAGGCAAGUCGGAGGAGGAUCUCAAGAAAGAGGGCAAGGCGUACAAAGUGGGCAAAUUCCCAUUCUUGGCUAACUCAAGAGCAAAGACAAAUGGUGAACCUGACGGUUUCGUCAAAGUAUUGGCAGACAAAGCUACAGAUGUCAUUCUGGGCACGCACAUUAUUGGACCGGGUGGUGGCGAGCUUAUUAAUGAAUGUGUCCUGGCCCAAGAAUACGGGGCAGCGGCAGAAGAUAUUGCAAGAGUGUGCCACGCACAUCCCACCUGCGCCGAGGCAAUACGUGAAGCAAAUAUGGCCGCCUACUGCGGCAAAUCGAUAAACUUCUAA